AUGGAAAAAUAUUUUAAAAGAAAAUCCGAGUUGGAGUUGUCAGGACCUAUUGGGAGAAGUGAUGAUAGUUCAAAGCAAAGUCGCAUAGAAAUCAAUAUGUCCGAUCUUCAUUCUGAUCCUGGUUUACGAACUCGGAUUUUAGAUUACAAUCCAAACAUUCGAGAUGAAAUUAGAAGAGCUUACUUACAAAAAGGCCCUUGUCAGCCUAGAAAUCAUGAUUUCCCUCAAAAGAAAUUUGGAAAAGAGUCAAGACGAUUCAACCCGGCAUGGUUUGAUGAAUUCCCUUAUUGGUUGGAAUAUAGCAUCAAGGAAGAUGUUGCAUUUUGCUUAUGUUGUUAUCUUUUUAAAACAAAUUUGGGAGAGAAAGCUGGAGGUGACUCAUUUGUUGGUACAGGUUUUUCAAAUUGGAAGAAAAAGGAAAGAUUUCAAGUUCAUGUUGGAGGUCCCAAUAGUUCCCAUAACCAAGCUCUGAAAAAAUGUCAAGCCUUAAUGAAUGAAAAACAACAUAUUGAAAAUGGUUUCCAUAAGCACUCACAUCAAUCUCGAAUUGACUACAGAAUCAGAUUGAAUGCAUCUGUUGAUUGUAUUAGAUUUCUUCUACGACAAGGUCUUGCCUUUCGUGGCCACGAUGAGUCUGAGGAUUCAAGCAACCAAGGCAAUUUUCUUGAGCUUUUGCAAUUUUUUGUUGAUCACAAUGAGGAAGUUAGAGCUGUUGCUUUGAAAAAUGCUCCUGAAAACCUCAAAGUAACUUCACCCAAGAUUCAAAAAGACAUUGUAAAUGCUGCAGCAGUUGAAACAACUGAUGCUAUUAUUAGAGAUAUGGGUGAUGCAUUCUUUUCUAUUUUAGUCGAUGAAUCUCGUGAUGUAUCAGUAAAAAAGCAGAUGAUUGUUAUGUUUCGUUAUGUAGACAAGAAAGGAUGUGUGAUUGAACGGUUCAUAGGUAUUGAACAUGUUACAAGUACCACAGCUGAGUCACUUAAAGCAAGUAUUGAUUCAUUAUUUUCUAGACAUAAAUUGAGUAUGUGCAGAUUACGAGGUCAAGGUUAUGAUGGGACUAGUAAUAUGAGUGGAGAGUUCAAUGGUCUGAAGACACUUAUUAUGAGGGAGAAUGAGUCUGCUUACUAUGUUCACUGUUUUGCACAUCAACUUCAGUUGGCUAUUGUGGGUUUGGCAAAAAAACACAGCCUCAUAGGUGCUUUUUUCACCUUAGUUUCUAAUGUGGUAAAUAUUGUUGGAGCAUCAUCGAAGCGUCGUGACAUUCUUCGAGAUAAGCAAGCUCUCAAAGUAGUUGAAGCACUGACUAAUGGGGAGCUUUCUAGUGGGAAAGGUUUAAAUCAAGCAACAGAGAUUAAGCGUUCAUGUGAUACACGUUGGGGCUCAUAUUAUGGUACGUUGAUAAACUUUAUUACCAUGUUCUCAUCUACAAUUGAUGUGCUUGAUGAAAUUGCAAAUGAUAGAUUGACUGUUGAUCAAAAACAUGAGGCAUUUAUACUGCUAGGAUUAGUGCAAUCAUUUGAUUUUGUAUUUAGUUUGCAUUUGAUGAGGAAUAUACUUGGAAUCACAAAUGCAUUGUCACAAGCCUUACAGAGGGAUGAUCAAGAUAUUGUGAAUGCCAUGGAUUUAGUUGAAUUAUGUAAGCAACAAUUCCAGAAGAUGAGGGAGAAUGGAUGGGAUUCUUUAUUGGAGGAAGUUUCUGUUUUUUGUAGGGAUCAAAGUAUUGAUGUUCCUAACAUGGGUGAUAUGUUUCUAGCUCGAGGGAGGUCACGACGCAACGGUCCAAAAAUCACAAAUAUGCAUUAUUAUCGUGUUGAUUUUUUCUAUGAAGUGAUAGCUUUGCAACUCCAAGAGUUAAAUAGUCGUUUCAAUGAGGCCAACACUGAGUU